AUGAAGUAUUUAGAGCUGGUAACAACAAGGAACAUGGUAUCUGCUGCUACAGGAGCUGGGGCUAUUUUCCUGGUGGCGAAGACCAUCAUGGAAGGGAUCAAGAGUCCUCCUCAUAAUCCAGAGCCUCUUCCCUUAGCCAAACUUGCUUUAGCUCACCAGACUAAAGCUGAGGUGGAUUCUGGAGAACUCAGAGGACUUUUGCUCUCUCUCGAUCCAAAGCUAGAUGCUUACUCCAAGAAUAUGAUACUCCAUGGAAUCACCCGUUGUGUUUAUCUACUGGAAUCAGAGGCAUCUGCAUGUACUUAUGAGGAAAUUAAACUUGUGGCCUCAUUCCUGGAGGAUUCAGACAUUGGUGUCAAGAUUCAGACAAUGCAUGCUCUCAAGGCUUUUGCUGGCAUCUGGAAAUUUAGAAUCAGAAUUCAGGAAUUCAUGCCCAAGAUUCUUGAAAUUAUCACUGAAUUAUGGGACACUGAUGUACAUGUUGCUGGACUGAGAUUACUGAAUGGACUGCCAUGGCCAAAUCACAUGCAACCCCUCCUGAAAAAGCUCUUGCCCACCUUAAUGGACAUUCUGCAGAUGGGAAACAAUUUGGCUCAGGUGCAGAUUCUAAAAUUCCUUAGCACAUUAGCCCAGAAGGAAGAAUUGUUAUUUGAUAUCAUGAAUUGCCAGGUGCAUCCAGAAUUCCUCAGCCUAUUCCAACCUUCCCAGCUUGGAAGCCUUCUCUUUGAGCUGCUGGUGCUUGUGGAACGGCUUUGUGAGGGUCGCCUGACUCCUCACUACCAAUCAGGGCACUGGCAAUACAAUGAGUUGUCACUCUAUGAGGUCCUUUUUGGAAACAAUUCUCGGCUAGCUGAUUGUCUUCUCUCCCUCAUCAUUCAUCCCGAGGAAGAAGUGCAGAUUCAAGCCUGCAGAGUUAUUCUGAAACUGCAAUUAAAUGAGGAGGGAGAAAUGGCUGGUAUCCAGGGCACCAAUUCCUCUUUAAGCAAAUUCUUCUAUGAGAUCAGUGCUGAACCUAUCUAUUAGAUCCUUGCAGAAUUUAACACAGAAUUAAAUUCUCUUUAGAAAUAUAGAAAGAAAAUUAUUAUUUUGAAAAGAUAAAACCUUUCAAAUUGGAAAGUGCAUAUAGGAGAAAAGCAGGUUGGUAUUCAGUCAAGGGGCCAAACAAUCCCAGUGGCCUCUUGCACCAUAAAAGCAGAAAAACUCUUCCUCAAUAGUAAUAUCCCAGAACAGAGCAAUACUGAUAGCAUCCCUUAAGGAAGUCCAACUUGUAGAGCCAAGAAGGGUUUUCUCUGGUAGCUCCCUCCCUGUGGAACAUCACCCUUGGAGAAAUAAAAUUGUUCCUCACCUUGAUGCUCUUUCAAAAGGCCCUGAAGCACUGGUUUUGGCAGUGGGCCUGGACACCCCAAGGUGAUUGGUUUAAUUGUUUUUGCCAGGGGGGUGAGGGUUUAUUGGAUGUUGUAUUGGGGGCUUGUAAGACUUGGAAUUACUGUGAGUGAAUUGGGUGGUUGCAUAAAUUACCUUAAUAAAUAAAUAAAAAUGACUUCCAACAUAAAAACAUAAUCAGUGUAAACCAAUCACAGGCACGUAUUCCUAUGCCUGAGAGUCAAAGAAAAUGUAAAGCUACUCAAGAUGCAAACAUGAAAUUUCCCUGUCCCACCAUUUAUAUAACAUAUAGCAGGAGUGUCAAACUUGCAUCGUCAUGGCAGUGUCACAUGAUGUAUCAGAACUUUCUCUCCCCCCCUUUGCUAAACCGGGUAUGGGUGUGGCCAGUGUAUGACGCAUCAGGCCCGCAGGCCAGCAAGUUUAACAGACCCGACAUAUAGUAUAAUCCACCACGAGGAGGAUGACCUGGAGUUUUUCACUGCAUAAAUUAAUGAAGUACAAAUAGGAAUAAAGCAACUAGAAGUUCUCAUACUUUUAUCACUUAACACUUAUAUUUGUCUCAACCCAUGCAUAUUUCCUUUGGAUUGAAAAACAGAAAUGGAAGAACAAGCAGCAUAAUACAAGAUCUGAAAACUCCUGUAGUUGGAGGUUUGUAUAUAGAAAACAGUGAAAACAUCCUGCUCAAAGGCCUGCUCUUUCAUAAUCUCCCAAUCUGAUAUGGACAGAAAGGAUAAAGAUUAAUCCUAAGCCAAGAUUUUUAAUAAGAUACUUGUCUCUCCUCCCUAAUAUAUUCCUACUUGAAGCAGUCCAAUGUAGAGUGGUGAGGGGACCUUGUGUAUUAACUUCUGAUAAAUUAAAAUACUCAUGGGACAAAAUAAGUUCUUUCAAUUGACCUCUUCAGAAAUCAAUAUGCAUUAUGUUUAUAAAUUUGGCAUAUAACUGCCCUUUUUGUGCCUCGACUAUCAAUGAUCCUAUUUUUGGCUAUUUCAUUGGCAAAGUUGCUUUGGUAUGCAAAUAUUCUAGUGUGGAAGUGCAUGAACAUAUCUAUAAAGUUACACUAGCUUUGUUUGUGCUUGGAGUCACUUUUCCACACCCCAUGGUUUUCUAGAGAAUGUAUCUGGAAACAGGAAAGGCUUACGGUGUUUUCAAGAGCAGCUUUUCAGAAAUCUUCUAAAUACUUUGACAAAUCAUGUCAUUUCAAAGUCUAUCUCAGGCAAGAAAUUUCCCCUGCUAAAAUAGUCCAAUCAGAUAUUUUACAUUAGAACAUUUAUUUCUCAGAGAGAAAAUAUAGUUUCAGACAGUCAGAUUAUAGUAGGUAAAAUUAGCAUUUUUCUUUACAAGCAUAGAAUUUAUUACCUCUUAUUCCAUCUGAUAUAAACAGUUCUAGAAAGCAAAUAAACUCACUUUCUACAAUAAAUAGAGCCAUCUGUGCUUUACAGCAGACUGACAAGUCACGUAUAGGUCCCAUAGCAACAGCAGGAUAUUAGCCAAUUGAAGUCCUUAAAUUGUAAUUUUUAAAAAAAAAAAUGGAAGAAAUUAAAUGCAAGAUCUUAAAACAGUUAAACAUAAAUCACAAGUCCACAGCCAGGCUACAAUCUGGGAAAAUGUAUGUUUCUUUAAAUUAAUUAUAUUGUAUGCAUACAAAAGACCCAGCAACACAACUGAGGACUUAAAAGAUUAAUAAUUGGCCUGAAUAAUUUAGAACAGUAGUUUACAAUUAUGUACAAAAGUUCCUUCUGUAACCACACUCUUGAGAUAUUAUUAACUAUUUUUUAAAAAAAGAUUCCUAUUCAUGUUCUGUAUAUGUUACAGAUAUUUCCCAUAUCGUGUGGUUUUAUGUCCCAAUGUAUAAGAUGUGGUUCUUGAAAAAAAGACCACAUAGAAAUGGCAGUGAUUUUCCCCACAAUAACAUUUGUCCCACUAUCUCUUAAUAAGAAAAUAACAACAAUAAUAAAGUUAAAAAAGGAGGUGGGGUAGGGGGGGAAACAAUGGUUUUCAAAUUACAAUCUUGCUCUGUACCUUUGGUUUGAAAUUCUUAAAGAAAGAAAAAAACCUUCACAAAAUCAAAUGUUACCUAUGAAAUGCACUGUCAACUUGCAAGGUUCAGCUCUUCCUCUUUUUGUAGCAUAUGCAAGUUGAAAAAAAAAAGGUUUCUCCAAGGAGUUGUGCUCUAUUUUUAACAGAUCCCAAUAACGGAAGCUCAGAGAGCAUAAAAGCAAAUGCUGAAGCGUUUAUGGGGUGGCCAAGAGUGACUGUAGGGAAUUC